UUCAUUGGAACAGCGGUGAUUCACGUGAAUUGUUGUGAUUUCUGUUGGUUCUUGCGGCUGUUCUUGUUAAAAGUGCAAACAUUUUUUUGCUGUCUGCUGCCCAUGGCAUAAACAACACAGCAUAUCAGCAGUGCACUUGUGAACGACAGGCGGUUGGCAAAAAAAAGAAAGUUGCACUUUUAAAUUGCAAAAGAGGACGUUGCCAGUAUAAAAGCGAUCGUCUGGAAAGCAGUAGAAACCAGUUUGCGGACAAUUAAUUUCCAGUCUAACUAUUAAACAUGUCGAUCAAUGCCUCUGCAAAGGCGCUCCAAUCAAAGGGUUCACUCAUGAGCAACUUGAAAAACUUUCGUCCAAAGUAUCCUGCUCAGUCGAAUCGCCAUCCAGAAGUUCGGACGAUGGACCAACUAUAUGAUUGCUUUUACAAAUAUGCCAGACACCUGAUCACAGCUCAAUCCAAUCCGAAGAUAUCUCUGGAAUCUCGAAAAAUGGCGGAAUCUGAAUUGAAAGUUGUCAUUCCAUUAGCUACUGAUUUCAAAGCUCGACUCAAUAUGACCGACAGCUAUGGUCACAUUAGAAUGGGACGUCUUCUCGAGGCAAUUGAUAUUGUUGCUCCGUGUGCUUGCUAUAUGCUCAAUCGAGAGGAUAUUGCACUGAGAACUUUUGAAACUGGAACUCUUCCGAGAAUGUUUGUCACAGCUCGUUUUCACCAAACAAGUCUCUCUCAUGGAUACGGUUUGUCACCAUAUCGUGAUAUUAUCCUACGGGGAAAAGUUACUUGGACCAGUGAAAACAAAGCAGAGGCGACUGUCAAUGUGAUUCAGAAUAAAUCCGAGUUUCUAACUGCCAGACUGGUUUUCGCGUCACUCGAUGGAACCAACACAUCACAAAAACUUCCAACCAAUCAACUUCUUCCAUCAACACCCAUUGAAAAUUUCUUGAAUCAACAGAGACACGAGGCCAACACAUCACGGCCUUGUAUUCCAGAACUAGGAACAAUUGAACUACCAGUUAUAAAGGAUGGUGAAGUCACCAUGAACUCAACCAAUGUUGAAACAACGACAAUUGCACAGCCAGAACACGAAAACCCAUACGGAUCAGUUUUUGGUGGUUUUUUGGUUAGGAAGGGUCUUGAAACUGCUGAACUUUGCGCAAAGAUGUUCUCCAAAACUUCCGUUCGAGUAUCUUCAAUUGAUGACGCAGAGUUUAUGAAAGUCGUGGAAAUUGGAAGUAUUUUAAAGUUCAGCGCUUUUGUCUGCAACGUUGAUAACAAGGAACAGAAAUUCCAGGUUAACUCUCAAGUGGAAGUUUACAAUUCGAACACGAAUAAAUUCGAAAUUUGUGAUCGUUUUCUGUUCACAUUUGAAGCCAAAGAAGAAAUCAAUUUGCCACAAGUAAUUCCACACAAUAUGCAGGAAUUUGUUGCUCAAUGGAAAGCGAAGAACACUGCAAAGAAGAACUAAAUUAUUUAUUUAAAAUUGUUUAUUUUUUCUCUGGGUUUGUAGUUCAGAACAGAUCUUCACUAUAAUAUAGUCACGUUUGAUAGCUUCAAGCAACGUGUGCCAUUUUGUGUAUAUAGUUAGAACGGAAAUAAACCAUUACAAUACUUGCA